GGUUGCCUGAGCAAGUGAACAGUGUAUCUGGUUCAGUCAGCAAAAGAAUUAAACCUAAUCAAUUUAAGAAUAGGAAACCCCUGGUAAUAGAAGACGAGGGUAUUGAUGGUUCUGAGUCCGAAAAUCAGAAUAUGGCUACUCCUAAUAGCUUAAAGAGCAUUCUGUUAUCAUGUGGAUGGAUGGUAGUCGCUCGGGAAGGCUGUGAUGCCAGUUAUGUAUCUCCAUCUGGUUCGAUUUAUGGGUCUCUUUCAAAAGCUUUGGAAGUAUUUUCACGUGAUGCGUCAAAAUUUGCAGAGAGGCAAUGCUGCUUAUCUCAGUCGGUUGUAAGUUCUAGAGGUAAUGUAGCUCAAAGAACUCCUAAGAUUAAGAGGAAAAGUACUAGCAGGAGGACUAGAACUGUGGUUCAACCCAUUGCAGAAAAUGCAGCGCUACACUGUCACCAACAACAACACCAAGAACAAGGACACCAACGAAAACAGCAGCAGCAGCACCACCAACAACAAGAAGAAGAACAACAAAAACAAAGCUUUGGAGAAGAAUGUGACAAAGAACCAUCACGCCUUUCAGUGAGAACGAAAUGGAAUAGAAGUAGCAAGAAACGGGAAAAAUCUUCUGUCCAAGACAAAUGCUUGACUGGUGUGAUAAUAGAGUUGGGUUCUAGUGACGUGGAAGUGGACCAAGUAAUGGAUAAGAAACUGAAAUCAUGUACCAAAGAUGAGGGCUUGAGUGGUAAGAAGCAUGCCAGUAAUUGCUUAGGUCUGACUGAGACAACAAAUAAUCAUAAUGGCAGUGCUGAUAUGCACCUGAAUAAGGAGCGUCAGGGAGAGCGGAGGUCUGUUCGUAUCAAGGGGAGGCGUGUGCCGGUGGAUGAUGAGCUUAUGGGAGUGUGGUUUGAUGACAUUUACUUUGAUUCUUCGAAUCCUGUAGACAUGUUAUUACUGGACAGUUGUCUAAGCCAACAGGAAUCUUGUAAGAAAGAAACUGUCACGGGACCGCCAGGGCCAGAAAAUAUGAAAUAUAGACAAGUAACUGAGCUGUUGGCUUCUUCCAUGGGAGAGGAGAAGGUUGACAAAAAGUCUGGCAUAGGAGCCUCAGCAUAUCCAGAAGAAAUGGCUUUUGGAGAAGUUCAUCAGGGUUUGACAUCUUGCAUGGCUAAUGAGAAGGCAAAAUCCUGUAACAAAGAUGAUUGCUCGAGUAAUGAAACCAAUUGGUCCGAAUGGAUCAAUGAGGUAGCAACAAAUGGUCAAAGCGGGAAUAGCAGACUGCAGAUAGACUAUGAUUUCACUAGAGGCAGGAGAUCUAAACGUAUCAGACGGAGGCGUAUUCCUAUUGAUUGUCAAGCGGAUAUGGGGAUGUCGGCAUACAGCGAAUUUCCAAGGUUAUGUAGAAUUUUAGGAGAUACAGCGGCGGAGAAGGAAACCACUAGUAGUUCUAAUCUUUUCGAAGUUUCCUUCAGGAAUAAAAAUGAAAUAGAGACUCCUCUUUACAACAAACCCACUCUUCCAUUGAAGAAAAAUUUGGCAAAAACUAGGAUGACUAAAAAAUAUUUCUCAUAUAGAAGCAAAAAAAAGCCUGUCAGCAGAAGAUGUUCAAAUGAGAAAGAGAAGACAAAGAGAAGUGGUAGGUGCAGUCUUACCGUUAGAACUAGAAAUGCUGAUCUUGAAGACACUCCCUUGUCUGAAACAAAACUUACCAUCUUAUCUUGGUUGAUUGAUUCUGGUGUACUGGCUGAAAACACAAAAGUGGUGUAUAGAAUAGGAAAGGAUCAAAGAAUAACAUUGACUGGUAAGAUUACUAGAGGAGGAAUCUGGUGUAAUUGCUGCAGAAUGGUUUUGUCGUUGUCAAAAUUAGAAUUUCAUGCUGGUAGUAAUCUUCGUCAACCCUGGAAGAACAUUUGCCUCAUCUCUGGAAAGUCAUUGAUGAAAUGCUUUAGUGAAGCAUGGGAGAAGGAGAAAAGACGUACAAGAAUUGGUUUCCAGGUGGUAGGAAUUGGUGAUGCUGAUCCUAGUGAUGAUACUUGUGGAAUUUGUGCUGAUGGUGGAAACUUGCUAUGUUGUGAUGGCUGCCCUUCGACUUUUCAUCAAGAAUGUGUGAUGCUUGAGUUUCUUCCAGAAGGCAGUUGGUAUUGCCCAUAUUGUAGCUGCAGAUUAUGCUCAAGGGGUGAUCGCUGGCACGAUAAACCCAAUAGGACCAUGAGCUUGGUCAGUUGUAAUCAUUGUGGCUCCAAAUAUCAUAGAGAUUGUGUUACCAUAAAUGACGUAGAUUCACUGGGUACGAAUUCACAAGCAUACUGUGGGAAGUAUUGUAAAGAGGUUGCCUCAGACCUUUCAGAUAUUCUUGGAGUGUCAAACCCUAUCGCUGGUGGCUUUUCUUGGGUUCUUGUAAAGCGUCUUGAUGAAGUGGAGGGUAAUGAUUCAAAGCGAAUACAAUCUUCUGUAGUGGAAUGCAAUGCAAGACUUCCCUUGGCACUGUUGGCACUUCACGAGUGUUUCGUUCCUUUAAUUGAUCCGAGGAGUAGUCUAGAUAUGAUUACUCAAGCAGUUUACAAUUGUGGAUCGAAUUACACACGUUUAAAUUAUGAAGGUUUUUACACUGUGAUUCUGGAAAAGGAUGACGAGAUUAUUUCAGUAGCAACAAUAAGGCUCCAUGGGUCACGAGUAGCAGAAAUGCCAUUCAUCGGAACGCGACCUUUGUACAGACAGCAAGGCAUGUGCCGUCGCCUCCUCAAUGCCAUUGAAGAAAUAUUAUCUAAAUUACAUGUGGAAAAUCUGAUUAUCCCUGCUACUCCCGAUAUGCUGGGAACAUGGACAAAAUCAUUCUCCUUCCAACAUUUGGAGUUGUCCUGUAAGGACGAAUUUAGGAAUUUAAACAUAGUUCAGUUUGCUGACACAACAAUACUACAGAAAUCCAUACACUGCGAGAGAGAUGUGAACCAGUUUGGCGUUACUGACACUUAUACUCAAGAUGUUCUAAAUUGCUCUACUCCUGAAUACCGGAUACAGGGCUCCAAAGUUGCUACCUUAGGCUUGUGCAAAGAGAUGAAAGGUUCUACUUCCACCUAUGAUAUGCCAUUCCCCAUCCUUCUAGAGGCCUCCAGAGGAUCAGAUUGUGAAGUUUGUCCUGUCCAAAGUCCCUUAUACCAAAACAUCAACGAGAAUUCACUAAUUCUUGAAAGUAAAUCCACCACAUUAACACCAGUUGAUAACAUCAUUAUGACGAAGGCUUCUUUAUGGCCCGAGACAGUUUCAUUAGGAAGCAGGAACUUACCAAUGUCUGCGGAGUGCUGAUGAGUGUUCUAAUCGAUUGGUGCCUUUGUUGCAUCAAUAUGUUGCAGUCAUUUCCUUCAAUUGUAGUAGCAGAUCCAAAAUGCUGACCGGUAUCUGUGAUGCAUCAGCUUUUGUAAUUUUGUACGACUAACCACUGAAAUAUAUAUGAUGCAUCUUUUUUUGUUUGUACACGAAACAAGUACUACUACUAUAUUUCUCAAUAUAUG